GCUAUUGGUACAGGAAGUAACGCUAAAUUAAGAUUUUAUCUUUUUCAGUCAUGCUUAGGAGGAACAGGCACAAUGUAUUAUACAUCAAUAAUUUAUUUGACAACUUUACAGAUUAACUACUAGAUCCACCAAAUCUCGGCUCCCUAUACAUUCAGUUUCUCUGUUCCGCGCACGCGCAGUUUGUCUAAAUCGGCCGGCACAGGGGACAGCGUGACAAGAAUCGGCCUGGUGAGCAAAGACUGCCCUUAAACUAAGUGAGGUAUGGCCCAAUUCGGGGGACAGAAGAACCCACCAUGGGCCACUCAAUUUGCGGCCACAGCAGUGUCCCAACAAGGCCACUCUGGACAGUCUCUUGACUUGAAUAGCCUGCACUCUCUUGGUGUGCAGCAGCAAUCACUUCUGGGAGCAUCCCCCUCUGUUUACUCUCAACAGUCAGCAUUGGCUGCAGCCUCUCUCAGCAACCAGUCUGCUGCAAACUAUCAGCUGUCUCAGCAAACUGCUGCUUUGCAGCAGCAAGCUGCAGCGGCUGCCGCAGCUCUACAGCAGUCUCAGCUUAAUACAGCCCUCCAGCAGUAUCAGCAACAGCAGCAGCAACAACAACAACAACAACAACAACAACAACAACAACAACAACAACAGCAGCAGCAGCAGCAGCAGCAGCAGCAACCCCCUCAACAGCAACUGUACAAUGUGCCUCAUCAGCUUCCACAGCCUCAACAGGCAUUGCUUUCUCAGCCACCCGUCGCCUUGCCUACCAGCCUAAGUUUGUCAAACCCACAGCAGACAGCCCAGAUUACUGUGUCAUACCCAACUCCACGUUCAAGCCAUCAACAGCAGACACAGCCACAGAAGCAGCGAGUCUUCACUGGUGUUGUCAACAAGCUGCAUGACACAUUUGGCUUUGUAGACGAAGAUGUCUUCUUUCAGCUAAGUGCUGUGAAGGGGAAGACUCCUCAGGUGGGUGACAGGGUCCUAGUGGAAGCUGUGUACAACCCGAACAUGCCCUUCAAGUGGAACGCCCAACGCAUCCAGACGUUACCUCAGCUAGCAAACCAGUCGCAUCAGCAGCAGCCUUUACCUCAAGCUUCCCAACAGCUCGGCAGCCUUUACAAUGAGCCAGGAAUGCAGCUGCGCUACUCAGACAUGCACUCUACUUUGGACAACAGACAAAAUAGCCAGCCUCAACCUCCUAACAUGAUGAAGGCAGCCCCCACCAUGCUGCAGUCGCUACCUCCCCCAACCACAUUCAGUAUUCCGACCCAGGCUCCCCCUCCUUCCCUGCUGCAGGCCCAGCUGUCUGCUGCCUCUCUAGCCCCUCUUCUACAAAACCCUCCUCAGCCUCUGCUGCCACAGCCUCCACCCAAAGAUGUGUUCCCCGGGGGUCUGCUUCAGCCUCCAGUGAGAAUGAUGCCACAGCCGCAGCCUGUCCGGCGAAUUGAACCUCCUCCUCGUUUCCCCAGUCGCAAUGAUCGAGUCCCUGAGCUCAUCCUCAGGACUAAAGACGAACGCAGUGUGUGUAAUCAAUUCUUUAGUCGAGACAGAGACCGAGAGCGCAGACGGUCAAGAGAACGCUCCCCCACACGCAAACGUUCCAGAGACCGCUCCCCUAGACGUGACCGAUCACCUCGCCGGCCUCGCAGGGUGGUUCCUCGCUACACUGUCCAGUUUUCCAAGUUCAGCUUAGACGGUUCCAGCUGUGACAUGAUGGAGCUGAGAAGGCGCUAUCAGAGCCUCUACAUUCCUAGCGACUUCUUUAAUGCUGUCUUCACCUGGGUGGAUGCCUUCCCUCUGACAAGACCCUUCCAGUUUAGUAACGCCUGUAACUUCCACAUCUUACACAAAGAGGUGGAUCCUCUAGUCAAGAAUACAGCUGUGCUGGACCCUCCUGAUGCCAACCACACUUACAGUGCUAAGGUGAUGCUACUGGCUAACCCCAGUAUCGAGGAGCUCUAUCACAAGUCCUGUGCUCUGGCAGAGGACUCCCAGGAAGUCAAAGACUCCUUCCAACAUCCAGCUAGACUUAUUAAGUUUUUGGUGGGAAUGAGAGGUAAAGAUGAGGCCAUGGCCAUUGGUGGUCACUGGUCUCCCUCUCUGGAUGGAGCUGACCCAGAGAAGGAUCCCUCAGUCCUUAUAAAGACAGCCAUACGCUGUUGCAAGGCGCUCACAGGCAUAGAUCUUAGUCUCUGCACUCAGUGGUAUCGUUUUGCAGAGAUUCGCUAUCAUCGGCCGGAGGAGACACACAAGGGGCGGACAGUCCCUGCUCAUGUGGAGACAGUGGUUUUGUUUCUUCCGGAUGUUUGGCAUUGUCUUCCUACCCGCUCAGAGUGGGAGGUGCUGUCACGGCGACUCCGGGAGCAGCUGGCUGAGAAGCUGUCGGCUGAGCGAAAGGAGGCAGAUGGAGAACAGGAGGAGGAGGAGAAGGACGACGAUGAAUCGAAGGACGUUAGUAGUCCCACUCACUGGGCUAAACUUGACCCGAAAUCAAUGAAGGUGAACGACCUACGGAAAGAGCUUGAUUGUCGCUCUCUAAGCUCUAAAGGGUUAAAGUCACAGCUGAUUGCCCGUCUUACCAAGCAGCUGAAGGUUGAGGAGCAGGUGGAGGAGUCCAAAGAGCCUGAGAAACCAGAAUGCAAAGCUGCUGAGGAAGAGGAGCCAUCUCGCACUGAGGAAGACAGAGAGGAGGAAGAGAGGAAGAGGCUGGAGGAGCUUGAGCGACAGCGGAGAGAAAGGCGCUACAUCCUCCCUGAUGAGCCCACCAUCAUUGUACACCCCAACUGGGCAGCCAAGAAUGGCAAAUUUGAUUGCAGUGUCAUGUCCCUGAGUGUGCUGCUGGACUACAGACUGGAGGACAACAAGGAGCACUCUUUUGAGGUUUCUCUAUUUGCUGAGCUGUUUAACGAGAUGCUACAGAGAGAUUUUGGCUACCGCAUAUAUAAAGCCCUGGCUGUUUUUCCUACCAAAGACGAAAAGAAGGAAAAGGAGAAGAAAGCCAAAAAGGAAGCAGAAAAGAAGGAUGUUGAAAAGCGUGAAAUAAAGAAGGAAAAAGAGGAUGAUAAUGAAGAACCUGUAGGGAAAAAGAUUAAAGAGGAUGAGGAGGAGAAGAGGAAGUGUGAUGAAAAGGCUGUGAAAAAGGAGUCGUCUCGAGAUGAAGAGGAGAACGAAGAUGAUGGCAGUACGGUCAACGCUGAAGAAUAUGACCCCAUGGAGGCAGAAGAUGCAGAGGAUGAUGACGAUGAUGACAAGGAUGAUGACGAUUCCAAUGACAAAGACAAAAAAGACCACAAAGAUGACCGCAAGUCGUCAAAAGAGAGGUCCUCUAAAGACAAGGAGAAGAAGCUGAUGAUCUCACAUAACAAGGAGCUACUCAUGGCAUUUGUCUACUUUGACCAGAGCCACUGUGGCUAUUUGCUGGAGAGAGACCUGGAGGAGAUCCUGUACACACUGGGACUGCACCUUUCUCGUGCUCAGAUAAAGAAGCUGUUGAACAAGCCAGUGGUCAGAGAGUCUUGUUACUACCGUAAACUGACAGACAGGGGGAAGGAUGAACCCAUUCCUUCCUUUAAUGAAGCCCAGAUAGAAAACCUCAUAGGUAACCGAGGACUACUUCCUUCUCCAAAACUUUGUGCGCAGUCUGCAGCCACAGAGUCCAGUAAUCUGAUCGUGUAUAAUGGAGCCAUGGUUGACAUCGGCAGCAUGAUGCAGAAACUGGAGAAGAGUGAGAAAGCAAGAGAGGAGAUAGAGCAGAAGCUCAUGGUGCAGGGUGCCAAAAUGGAUGAAGAUGCAAAGGUUAAAGCUCAGGUGGAGCAAGCCAACAAAGCCUUGUCCAGGGAGCUGGAGGAGGUGAAAAGCACACUGAGCAAAACUGAGCAAAUUCUAAAGACUGCUGAGGAGCAGAAGACCGUCUACCACGACCAGAUCAGCAAGACGUCCAACACCUUGACGUCCACUGUCAAAGAGCUGCUGGCAGUGCUAAAAAAGCAUCAAGAAGUAGAAGAGUCUGGUGAUGAAGUUACUGGCGAUCACAUUCAAACGUCUCAAACAAACGGCGCUGAUAAAUAAGUGACAUAUUUAAAAUAAACAAAGCAAUCACACUGAUUAUUUUAAAAAUUGUAAAUAUUCCCUGAACAAGCAUACUUUGGUAGUGUUUAAUUUGUACCUAUUAUCUCCCAUGUACAUGUAUAAAUGAAUUAAUUGUGUUAAUUUGACCUCACUUUCUGUGUACAAUAGAUUUGUUUGACGGAUUUACAUUUCUUACCUAGAAUAAUAUGAACGAUUGCAUACGCUUAUUUUCAUAGUUAAAAUUAAUUUAAUUUCAGUUGUAAACUUUUUUCUUUUUGCCAUUGCUUUAGCUUUGUUACGGCCAAUAAAAUGCCAUGUUGUAGAUUUACAUGCCAAUUUGUGUGAGUAGUACUUUUCAGAGAGUUUUGUUUUUCUAAUUGGCAAUAAUGAUGCUAUUUAUGUGCAAGAUGAUUCAUUUAAAAAAGUAUAUUUAAAAGAAACUAAUUUUGGAUGGAAAAGGGUGGAAGGGGUUCAGACAGAAUUUCUUUGUGAAUCGUCCCAUCUUCUUUAACUACACCCGUGUUUUAAUAACACAUUCAGGUUGUAGUUCUUCUAUUUAGCCGUUUUUCAAACACGUGGCUGUGCAUGGUCCCUGCUCCUGUUGGACCUUUUUGCUGUAUGCACCUCCUGACUGUAUCCACCGACUGCUGCACUGUUUCAUGUUUUACUGUGCUGACCAUCUGUCUUGUUUUCUGUAAAAGGAAACUACACAUGAACCAAAAGAUAAGCUAAAUGAACGCGUGUUAUGCUGAACGAAGCUUUGUUGCAAUGACAUAAACAUUUAGAAAUCAUCCUCUGAACUUGUGUGCGUUGGUUUAGGUUGUUCUAGAAAAGAGGCACAAUUACAUUCAAAUGUGCUCCAAAGCAGGCGAUUUUAUUUUUCUAUUGAAAAUGUACGCUAUGGAUGUUGUGCAAGAGUAAAGUGGUCCAUUUUAACACUA